AUGCAGCACUACGGGGUGAACGGCUACUCUCUGCACGCCAUGAACUCUCUGAGUGCCAUGUACAACCUACAUCAACAGGCCGCACAGCACGCGCAGCACGCGCCCGACUACCGGCCCUCCGUGCACGCGCUCACACUCGCGGAGAGACUGGCAGACAUCAUCUUGGAGGCGCGCUACGGCUCUCAGCACAGGAAGCAGCGCCGCAGCCGCACAGCCUUCAUCGCGCAGCAGCUCGAGGCGCUGGAGAAAACUUUCCAGAAAACUCACUACCCUGAUGUGGUCAUGCGAGAACGUCUGGCCAUGUGCACCAACCUACCUGAAGCUCGAGUACAAGUGUGGUUUAAAAACCGUCGUGCGAAGUUCCGCAAGAAGCAGCGUAGCCUACAGAAAGAGCAGCUUCAGCGGCUGAAGGAUGCUGGGACAGAAGGAGCCCAGGAAGAGAGGAAAGAAGAAGCUCCGCCUGCUGAGACACAAGCCCCGCCCUCCCCUUCAGAUGGGCGUGGCCCCACAUGUCCCCCUCCAUCAUGUGAGUUGAGUGAAGAGGUGAAUGUCACCUCACCGGAAGAGUCAGGGGCGGAGUCAGGGGCUGAGGACAUGACUGACAGAGAGGAUGAAUCACUGUCCAUCAAAGAUGAUACAAAAGAGGAGGGGCCAACCCUGACGACAGACCACAGUUCACCUUCUUGUAAACCAAUGAGCCCUAAAUCAGAUGAGCCGCUGGGUUCUCCAGCUCUUCCCUCCUCCAGUGGCGUGAGCAGCGGAGUGACUCAGACUAACUCCUACGCUUCAUCUCCUCUCAGUCUGUUCCGUCUGCAGGAACAGUUUCGCCAGCACAUGGCUGCCACCAACAACCUCAUGCACUAUCCUGCCUUUGAUGUGACCACGCCGCCCUCCUUACCUUAUCCUGGCAUGAACGUGAACAUGGCGUCUCCGCUGGGAUCCCUGCCAUGUCAGCCCUACUAUCAGAGCCUGUCCCAAUCCCAGCAGAUGUGGAGCAGCCCUCUGCUGCAGGGAUCCGGUCGUCUACCGGCCCUCAACAGCAAAACCACAAGCAUCGAGAACCUGCGUCUGAGGGCCAAGCAACAUGCUGCAUCACUAGGCUUGGGCGUGCUUCCAAACUGACACUUAUUGAUGCAAAUCAAUGCAUUUCUGACGCCAAUUUCUUGUGUUCAGGAUCUACAUUACAUUAGUGUGCUCAAAUCAACAGCUGGAGCUGU